UAAGUGCCUGGAUAUUGGCCGAUAACCGGUAAGCAAGGCGACCAGCAAUUGCGAUUCCAUUUCAUUUUUGGCAAUAUAAAAGGCUGUCUUCGCUGACUCGGAGUCAAACCACAGCCAGCUCCCCAUCCAGACAGCAGCAUGAUCAGGAUUGUCAUCAUAUCUUUCGCUCUGUGCCUGGCGGUUGCUCUAAGUGCUCCCGUGGACCAUGUCAGCUCCACUACCCAGCCACCGGUGGCCAUUCUCGAGUCAUCCCACGAGAAGCACGAGGACGGAUCCUACAACUUCUCCUAUCUCGGCGAGGAUGGCACCCACCGGAAAGAGGAGGCGGUGGUCAGGAACCAGGGCACCAAAAACGAGUACCUGGAGAUUAGCGGCUCCUACUCCUACUUCGAUGCCAAUGGGAAGGAAGUAACCGUCAACUACAAGGCCGAUGACCACGGAUUCGUGCCCGAGGGGGGAGCCAUCCUGCCUCAGAUUUCCCUGGCCGCCAAACAGGUCAGCGAGCAGGUGUCGCAGCCAGAGCUUGAUUAUGAUAAGCCUCCUAGAGUCUAAUAAACAAGUGCGCGGAACGGAACUGAAUUUCCUACGGUUUUCUGUAAACUUGGGAAACCCCAUAUGUUUUAUUGCUGACAAAUUUGUAAGGGCUUCAGCUUAAUUUCGAGUUCAGAAUCAAAUUUUAUUUCAAAUUGGUGGACGACAUUGUUGUCUUCCUUCAAUCAAAGUCUAUUUUAAGAAAAAUUAGAUGACUAAUUUAUAUAGAAGUAACAUUUUUCCUCAGCGUAAAUUCCCCUUUACACCCCUGUACACCUUUAAAACGUAAUUAACUUGCCGCCCGCAGGCGUUUCCAAAUAAAACCUUUGCUCAUCAUAA